CCUCAAGCCACAGCUUGGGUCGAACUGGAGGCUGCCAUAGAACAAGCCCUUCCUCGAGCCUGUUACAAUCACGUCCGGUUUGCUCAACCACACCGACGGACUCCAAACCCCUACGCCCUACAUGAUAUCGUGAUCGCGCGACAAUCCAACUGCUGUUUAUCUCAGUGGCCGCACUCAGGCAUCCUUUUCAGUUGCGGAUGUUGACACUCUAGCAACUAUGGCCAGCGGACUAUCAAGAAACUCUUACGACGACGAUCAUGCAGUACUCGAGGAUGACUUCCUCAACGAUGAAGUCGAACCUGACGAACCAUCAUACGAGACCUCCGAUCGCGCCCCUUUAACAGGCAACAUUCAAUCGUCCUCUUCCAGCGCACCCCUUAACCAAAGCUAUUUGACCUCGAGAAUACCUGGUGAAGACAGGCAUGCCACACAAAAUACCAUCGAUGAGAGUGUCUGGGACACAGUGUCUCGAGACCUAUUCGCGGUAUGGGAGAAAAUGAAGCAAGUCCUCUACCCCAAGUACUUGCUUGGAGGUAUGCUCCAGAGACAAGGCACCGGCAUGGGCGAUGUCGAGAGUCAAGGAGGAGGGCUCGGAAGAGAUCUCAGAGGCCUGCUGGGACGCUGGCCGGACGCGGAUGGAAUCUUGCAGGGCGGGAUGAGUGAAGGCUUAAGAGACUGGGAUCUAUGGGGUCCUCUAAUUUUCUGCUUGUUACUGAGCGUCUUCCUCUCUAUGCGCGCCAGCAAAGGCCAGACCGACCUCGUCUUUUCCGGUGUCUUUUCCCUGGUCUGGAUCGGCGAGGCUGUGGUUACCCUUCAGAUCAAACUACUCGGAGGGAAUAUAUCUUUCAUGCAAUCCGUCUCCAUCAUCGGGUAUACCCUGUUCCCUCUGACCAUUGCCGCUCUACUCAGCGCUCUCGGGUUACCGACUAUUGCGCGGAUUCCUGUCUACAUCGUCCUUGUUGCAUGGUCACUCGCAGCCGGAGUUAGUAUCCUCGGAGGAUCAGGAGUUGUGAAGAAUAGGGUGGCUCUGAGUGUCUACCCUCUCUUUGUCUUCUACGUCAGUCUCGGCUGUCUUUGUUUUAUUAGUUAGACUGCAGGAAAAGGGUUGGCUGAUGUAUCGGUCGCAUGGCUAUAACUGUAUUCCACCUCUAAUGUAGAAGGUAGCAAUUCAAUAACACAGCAACGUCUCAAAGUCUGCUUGGAGGACCUGACGACAUUGCCGUGGGUGGGGCGGGAAGAAGAGAAGUUUAUGAGUGUUGUUUGUGCGGAGCAAGUGCCUGCGCAUGCCUUGAGCCGCUUCAAUCAUAUCGUGC